GGUCAGUCAGUUAUCAUUCAUCAACUCAUAUUUGAUAUUGAACUGUACAUACAUGAAAUGGGACAAAAGAUAUGCACUGCAGCUGGAGUAAAGUAUUUAGCAUUUAGUGACUAUGAUGUUCAAAUCAUAGAUCUUUGUCCAGUUUCAUCAAUAGCUGUGAUACUGGUUUUGAUGCUUGUUCAAGCUAAAGUUGAAAAAAAAGAUGGAGAAGAUGCACUAAAUUUGGGAAGACACAUGUAUCAAACUGGUUUUAAAUUUGAAUGGAAUAUUUCAAGUGGUAUUUAUUCUGUGAUGGAUACAGAUGAAUUAAAAGAAAUAGAUCCUCAUCCUAAAACACAAAAAAGGUGGAAUGAAAUUUGGAACCCAGCACAACAAGCAGUUAAACGUUUGCAAAAGACGUGGCUACUUUCUCCAUCAACUUUACAUUCAGUAAAUAUACUAACAAACGAAGCUGUAUUUCAAGGUAAAUCAUUGAAGGUGCUCUGGCCAGCAACCCAUCAUGUUGCAGUUGUUUUAUGAAAUCUCAGCAUUUGGAUAGACAAUGGAUUUUAACUAUCUCACUAAAAAAUGUAUUAAUUCCAUAUUUCUGUUGUAUAAUUUAUUAAAUAAAUUGUUUUUAAUGUAAUACUUU